GUAUUAAAUGUUUACAGCUUUUGGAAUGUCGAAAAGGUAAACAAUUAGUAAACAAUAAUUAUGCCGUCGCCUUCAAGUAUUGAGGCGUUGGGACAGGACUAUGCCAAAAUAAUACGUAGUGCCGAUUUGGAAAGGGAGAUUAACCCACUGUGCACCAAUAUAGAGGAUAUGUUAGCUCGUCUGGACGAAUUUGAAUCCCUAUUGGCUUCUGUUCGUGCCGAGUCCAAUGGCAUUAUGGCUAAUCAUGUUUGCAGCAUAUUAAACUUUGGCGAAAAUUUCCAACAACUUCAAACCAGCAUAGAUAAUUUGGAGCUUAUGGUCGGACAAGUACAAGCAAAUCUCAAUUUGGUGGAACAUUCUGUUGAUGUUGCGGAGCAGGAGUUGAAUGUAACCGACUAUAGUUUAAAGGGAUUGUUUUUAAAACCGCUUAAAGCCAAAUUGGCAGGCACUGCGGAUGGCGCUCAAUCGAGUCAACUGGCCAAGAGCAAUUUACUAGAUGGGGAGUUCCAAGCGGUCCCAAUUUUCAAUUCCGAUGACUACUUUUGUCAACAGAAGGGCUCUGAGAUGGCUGAUAGUUUAAACAAUUAAAUAGUAAUAAAUUUUGUUCAGUUUCUUUUCUGGUUUAUAUAUUUA